CCCGGAGCCUGACCUCAGUGUACAGUGAGCGGCAUUCCUCACAUAGUCUCCACAACCUCUCCAUAGCGGAUACAUAGAAAGUUUUCCUCAGCCUCCAUCUUCCUGGCAGCGCCGCGCACUGAGGGCGGAGGGAGGUCCGGAGCUCAGCACCACACCGCCGGGGGGUGGGAGACAAGAAGUUACAGCGGACACGUAGCCUGCCAUCGCCCCUGCCCUGACAGCAGCGCCCGGCAUCCCUGCGGAGGAUUCCCCCUGUCGCGACUAGCUGUGAGCGGGAAUGUCGGGACAUAGAGGCACAGGGAGGACGGUGCCCCCACAUGGCGCAUCAGCCGGGAAGGAGCAUUAAACUUGGCGGAGAGUCUGGGCAACAGGAGCCGCUGAGAUAACAGCACUCUGGGGCGACUGAUCCGGGACGGAGCGCUCGCCGCAUCUGAUAAACAUCUGGGCACAUCGGGCGCCAGGGGCAGUGGUGGUACCAAGGGAGCGGCUGCCACGUUGUGCCCUUGUGUUGGGAUGUGGGUGUCAGGGUGCGCAGCGGGCUGAGGAUGGCAUCGGCUGUGUUCGAGGGCACCUCCCUGGUGAACAUGUUCGUGAAGGACUGCUGGGUGAACGGCAUCAGGAGACUCAUCAUAAACCGCAAGGGGGACGAGGAGGAGUUCUUCGAGAUCCGGACUGAGUGGUCGGAUAGGAAUAUCCUCUAUCUCCAUAGGAGUUACUCGGACCUGGGGCGUCUCUUCAAGAGGCUGCUGGAAUCCUUCCCAGAAGACCGGGGGGAGCUGUCACAGUCAUCUCUGCUGGAAGGGCUCAUUACCAUUAAAGAUUCUCAUGAAAUAGAAUCAAGACUCAAUGAAGUGGAAAAACUGUUGAAGACUGUUAUAAACAUGCCUUGUAAAUAUUCCAGGUCAGAGGUUGUCCUCACUUUCUUUGAGAGAUCCCCGCUGGACCAGGUGUUAAAAAAUGAUAAUGUACACAAGAUACAGCCAAGCUUCCAAAGCCCUAUAAAAAUCUCAGAAAUAAUGCGUUCCAAUGGGUUUUGUUUAGCAAAUACAGAAACAAUAGUCAUCGAUCACAGUCUUCCACAUGUGAAAGAUCCCGACUUGGAUGUAGACUCAACAGAUAAUUUAUUUGGAAAUGGAACAGAUUUUCCUCCAGAGGCCGAGGAUACUGAUGACCCUACAGCUUAUGUUACAAAUUUGUCCUACUACCAUCUGGUUCCAUUUGAAACGGACAUUUUAGACUGAAGCGAUCAAGAACCUGCCAGGAUUUACUUACCGUGAAGGUGAUAUUUCUUGAGUGCUGCUAUCCCUGUGGCCUUUUAGAAACUCUAAACUACACGGCUCUUAGCAACUAGCACACAGAUCUCAGCAACUGGAGUGACGUCAGAUUUGAACAUGCCUUAAUGUGAACAGGAGGCAGAAGAACGUUGCUUAUUCUUAAUAUCCAGAUAAUAAUACUCACCUAGCCUGUUUCUGCAUGAACAUAGGUUUUCCUAGUGCAUGUUCUUCAUUUUAGUCCCGUUUACUUGGUGCAAGAACGAGAAGCAUCUAGACACCAGAUCCAUGCUUCAUUUAUAGCCACUGAAGAAUACUGAGGCCUCCAUAGCACAAUUAUUACAAUGUGAUGACUACAUAAGAAGAGCAAUAUGAGAAAAUAUUUUUUGUCAGCAGAAAAUGUGCUAGAUUGUCUGGAGCAUAUUUGUAUGUGUACUGGGGUGUAGUGAAAACCAUGCAAAAGGAUUAUAUUUGUUGAUUAUGUAUAUUGUGACAGUAUGUUUAUAAUAUGCCAAAUGUAUGUGAGAUGAAAACAGGCAUCAGCCUAUGGUGUUAUACUUACAAUAAUAGUAUCUACAUUCCAGUGAAGAUCUAUGUGCAACAUUUUAAGUGUUCCUAUCUUUUCAAAAAAACUUUUGAAAUGUCACAGAGACAUGUCAAAAGAUUUGAUUGGCUGAGGUCUCAGUGUUGAAACCCCCAACCGAUCAGGAGAAUGAGUAGGGAGAAGUUCACAGUAGCACGCGCCACUCCCCAGCUCUUAGCAAUCUCCAUCCUGCUUAAAGGGGUACUCUGGUGCUUAGACAUCUUAUCCCCUAUGGAUAGGGGAUAAGAUGCUGAUCGUGGGGGUCCCGGCGUUGGGACCCCCGUG